CCGCCAUUGGUAUCAAACAGUAUGGUACCGUGGCGGCCACCACUAUUUUAUUAUUUUCCUCGCAAAACAUCGCAUUCAUAAUAAUAAACAGGAUCGACAACAUUCAGUGACCAUCUUUGAUAACAAACGGAUACAAUAUCGGUUACUAGUCAGUAGCAAUAUAAAAACUUUUAUAAAUAGGAUGUUUCAAUAAAUGUAAUAAUUCUUCAAGUGCGAUUGUGAGUGACAUUAUUACAGUGCAAGUGACAUUAUGUGUAUUUAAAUAACAAAUACUUAUAAUAGAAGAAAGAAGUGUUUUUUGGUGGAUUAAUAAUUUCUAUAAUUAUUGGUAGAAAUACAACCAACAACUGGUUUUUCGACCGCCUUUAUAAACGUUCGUCAGACAAAAUCAGAUCGUUGGAGGAAGCAGUAUGGCCGACGCUAAAUGGAGACUUGUUCUACCUGUUUGUAUGACCGCCUUGUUCGUAUUUUGGACGACAGGGUCGACUGGACAGUUCAUACCGAACUUGAACAAUGCGUGUUUUGCGUGCCUUUGCCACGUGUCCACACUAUGCGACAUGUCGCACGGCUGCACAGCGGGUUACUGCGGACCCUACAACAUCUCCAGGGUGUACUGGGUGGAUGCCGGGAAAGUCACAUUGCCGGACGACGACCCGAAUAGAAAUCACGCUUGGGAAGACUGCGCACGCAGCUAUCCUUGCGCCAAAAGGAUCAUAGGGGGAUACCUUCAAAGAUUUGGAAAAGACUGCAACAGUGAUGGAGUGACGAACUGUUUCGACUACAUGAUGAUCAACGGUAACGGAGGGUACGGCUGCACCGCGCCUUUGAACCGCUCCGUCAACGGCCGCAGGUGGCUCAAGCGAUAUGAGGAAUGCCGCCUCUAAUACUCACUACACUUAACAAAAGCACAAAAAGGUGCUCAUACUAGGCGUGCUGGGGAUCUAAAAUAGCCACAUUUGUAUUAAAGGUACAAGUCCGAACUGAACCGCAGACGACAGGCCGCAGCUGCAGACUGCAGACGACACUACUAGUUUCUAUGAAUC